CUGUCGACGCAGUAGCAGCGAGCAGCAGCGGCCGCGCGCUCCGGCUAGGGGCAGACCAGGGCGAGGGAGCGCGGGGCAGCGGGAGGAGCAACGCCGAGCGCGCGGACCAAGCGGGAGCCGGAGCCCAGCAGCCAGCCCAGCCCAGCCUCAUGGAGCAACAGCUAAUGUGCUGUGAGGUGGAGACCAUCCGCCGCGCGUACCCCGAUGCCAACCUCCUCAACGACCGGGUGCUUCAGGCCAUGCUCAAAGCCGAGGAGACCUGCGCGCCCUCCGUCUCCUACUUCAAGUGCGUGCAAAAGGAGAUCCUGCCGUCGAUGCGCAAGAUCGUGGCCACCUGGAUGUUGGAGGUCUGCGAGGAGCAAAAAUGUGAGGAGGAGGUCUUCCCGCUGGCCGUGAACUACCUGGACCGCUUCCUGUCUUUGGAGCCGGUGAAGAAGAGUCGUCUGCAACUGCUAGGGGCCACUUGUAUGUUCGUGGCUUCUAAGAUGAAGGAGACCAUCCCCCUGACGGCCGAGAAACUGUGCAUCUACACCGACAACUCCAUCCAGCCCGAGGAGCUGCUGCAAAUGGAGCUAAUUCUGGUGAACAAACUCAAGUGGAACUUGGCCGCCAUGACCCCCCACGAUUUCAUCCAGCACUUCCUGUCCAAGAUGCCGGUGGCCCCUGAGAACAAGCAGAUCAUCCGCAAACACGCUCAGACGUUCGUGGCUCUCUGUGCCACAGAUGUGAAGUUCAUUUCCAACCCGCCCUCCAUGGUGGCCGCGGGGAGCGUGGUAGCUGCGGUCGAGGGCCUCCACCUGGGCAGCACCAACAGCCUCCUGUCCUACCAUCGCCUCACACGGUUCCUCUCCAAAGUCAUCAAGUGUGACCCGGACUGUCUCCGGGCCUGCCAGGAGCAGAUAGAAGCCUUGCUGGAGUCCAGUCUGCGCCAAGCCCAGCAGCAGAACCUGGACCCCAAGGCUGCUGAAGAGGAGGAAGAGGAGGAGGAGGAAGUGGGCUUGGCGUGCACCCCCACCGACGUGCGGGAUGUGAACAUUUGA